AUUGACCCUAUCUCUCUCUCUUUCUAUAGCCACUCUUUUCAAUCUCUCUUUUCUCCUUCCUCACUCAACUCAUGGGCACAAGCAGCGACCCAACCCAAGACACUUCCGACGAGCAACAAAAACGUUCCGAAAUCUACACUUACGAAGCACCAUGGCACAUCUACGCUAUGAACUGGAGCGUCCGUCGCGACAAAAAAUAUCGCCUCGCUAUCGCUUCUCUCUUAGAACAAUACCCUAACCGCGUCGAAAUCGUUCAACUUGAUGACACCACUGGCGAAAUCAAAUCCGACCCAAAUCUCUCCUUCGAACAUCCUUACCCACCCACCAAAUCCAUCUUCAUCCCUGACAAAGACUGCCAACGCCCCGACCUCCUCGCCACCUCCUCCGAUUUCCUCCGUAUUUGGCGGAUCUCCGAUUCCGACGAAUCAGCUUCCGACUCUCGUGCCGUCGAACUCAAAACUCUUCUCAAUGGUAACAAAAACAGUGAAUACUGUGGCCCAAUUACUUCUUUUGAUUGGAAUGAAGCUGAACCUCGUCGAAUUGGUACUUCCAGUAUUGAUACAACGUGUACUAUUUGGGAUAUUGAGAAAGAAACCGUUGAUACGCAGUUAAUUGCCCAUGAUAAAGAGGUUUAUGAUAUAGCUUGGGGUGGUGUUGGUGUUUUUGCAUCGGUUUCUGCUGAUGGGUCUGUUAGGGUUUUUGAUUUACGUGAUAAAGAACAUUCUACUAUAAUUUACGAAAGUUCUGAACCUGAUACUCCGUUGGUUAGGCUAGGUUGGAAUAAACAAGAUCCUAGGUAUAUGGCAACGAUUAUAAUGGAUUCUGCUAAGGUUGUUGUGCUGGAUAUUCGUUUUCCGACGCUACCGGUGGUGGAGUUGCAGAGGCAUCAAGCUAGUGUGAAUGCCAUAGCGUGGGCGCCACAUAGUUCUUGUCAUAUUUGCACUGCUGGUGAUGAUUCUCAGGCGUUGAUUUGGGAUCUUUCUUCAAUGGGGCAGCCUGUUGAAGGUGGGCUUGAUCCUAUUUUGGCUUAUACUGCUGGUGCUGAGAUUGAACAGCUUCAAUGGUCUUCUUCUCAGCCUGAUUGGGUCGCUAUUGCUUUUUCGACUAAGCUUCAGAUUCUUAGGGUUUGAAAAAUUGAAAAUUUGCUUGGUUGAGUCUUCCUCAAGAGGCAAGUUGAGUCUUAUGAAAAACUGAAAAUUUUACUAGUAUUUGUUUUUUUUUUUUGUUGUUGUUAAAGAUUUAACCUUUCAUUGGGUUUAGGAUUAAGAUACUUUGGGUUUGGUGGAAGAAAUAUUGGAUGGUUAAGAUACUAUUAUGUAUUGUUACAUUCUUGUUAGCUGGAAAAUCCCAUUUAUGUAAAUGUAUUUAGACUUCAGUGUUGUUUAUGUUUUCUUUAUGUGUUUGGUGCUUACGUUUUAA